AGAAGACCAGCGGCUGCAUGCUGCACAUGGAUGAUCACAGCCCAUCACAUGGCUGCUGAGCUAAUUCUGGGGCCAGUUGUCUCUGGCGUCUCUUGUUACUAACUGGAGGGGAAAUGCAAUGGAUUGCAGUGCAAUAGCAAGCAUCUGACGACUCAGGCUCUCACAGACUACUCUCAGCCCCCCCCCCCCCAACCCCCACCCCGCCCCGCUUCCUCUCCUCCCCCCACCCCCUGAUAGAUGUCUAUUAAAAGCUGCUGACGUGGGAAGGGACGGCCAUCUUUGAUGAGGGCACAGCUCCCGAUCCAUUGAAGAAGGAGGCUUGGGGAGGUCAGGAGCGACUGUCCUUCCCUCCCAGCCGCCGCCGGGCUGCCUACACCGGACUCUGCGGAAGCCAAGGCUCACGGGCAGAACAAACACAAAUCCUUGGUCUGAAGCCUCGACAGACACACUCACAGCUAAAAUGGCAGAAGAACUUGAUAUGCGCAAUGAGUUGGAAGAAAUGCAGCGGCGUGCUGACCAGCUGGCGGAUGAGUCACUUGAAAGCACCCGUCGUAUGCUGCAGCUUGUUGAAGAGAGUAAAGAUGCUGGUAUCAGGACUUUGGUUAUGUUGGAUGAGCAAGGAGAACAACUGGAACGCAUCGAAGAGGGAAUGGACCAAAUCAAUAAGGACAUGAAAGAAGCAGAAAAGAAUUUGACGGACCUAGGAAAAUUCUGUGGUCUUUGUGUCUGUCCAUGUAACAAGCUUAAAUCCAGUGAUGCUUACAAAAAAGCCUGGGGCAAUAAUCAAGAUGGGGUUGUAGCCAGCCAGCCUGCACGUGUUGUGGAUGAGCGGGAGCAGAUGGCCAUCAGCGGUGGCUUUAUCCGCAGGGUAACAAAUGAUGACCGAGAAGGCGAAAUGGACGAAAACCUUGAGCAAGUCAGCGGCAUCAUUGGAAAUCUCCGUCACAUGGCCCUGGAUAUGGGCAACGAGAUUGACACACAGAACCGCCAAAUUGACAGGAUCAUGGAGAAGGCUGACUCCAACAAAACCAGGAUUGAUGAAGCCAACCAACGUGCAACAAAGAUGCUGGGCAGUGGUUAAAUGCCACGUAGUGCAUUUCCCUCUUAGCACUGUCCCAGGCGGCAGUCUCUUCAUGCUUUUCUCAUGGUAUUUACCUACUAGGUUUGCACACAUGCACAUAUCAGCCCCCAUUGUCAAUGUUGUCCUGUGUAGUCUGUCAGCUUUCCAAAAAUGAUACUUGUAAUUAUUUUUUUCUAGAGAUCUUUCUUUCCAAAGGUUGUACAUAGUGCUGAUUUGAUGGCUUUAGCUCACUUUGAAGUUUGGGGGGGAUUGUUUGGUUGGGUUUUUUUGUUUGUUUGUUUGUUUCAAUUCUCUCUCUCUCUCUCUUUUGGGUUGCUUUCUUUUCGUUUUCUUUUACGAUGUUUGCUGAAUGACAACAAUGUUGGAAUGCUAACUGUGCUGUUAACCCUUAAAUAUACAGUAUUGUUCUUGUAAAACUGUGACAUUCCACAGAGCUACUGCCAUACUCCUGUCUUUGGGUAUCACUUAAACUUACUGUCUUCUGUUCUCCAUUGCUGUCAUCUGUUGUUAUAAUUUCAUGAUAAGACAAUGUGGAAUUAUGUAACUAUAACAAGCAUUGCACUAAAAAGUGAUGUGAUUUUAUGCAUUUAUGCAUGAGAAAUAACUAGACCUCUAGACUCCUACUUAAACAAGACUUUUCCCAUGGCAGUAGCACACCAACAAAUGACAACAAAAGCAUGCUCGGUAUUGGGACUGUGUUAUACCAGCAAGUAUGCAGUCGUGCCACUUUUUUCUUGUUGAUAUAUAUACAGUUUUUAACCAUGAUCGGUUUUUUUUAAUUAUGGAAAAAAAGAUGGCUUGGGCACUCACCAUUUCAUCAUUGCCAGUAAAAAUUGAACCUUUGGCUGAAAAUAUGUCAAAGGCAAAAAGAAAUAGGUGUAAUAUAUUGGGUUUGUCUGUUGCUUUUGAAGACUUAUCUUUUGGAGGAAACGACUACCAUAGGAAUCGAUGCAAAGAGAUGUAAUUUUUAUAAGGCUCUAUCUUACUACUCGCUCCCCUCGUGUGGUUUGUUAUCAGUACAGUUCUCUGUUGCUUUCCUAGGGCUAUGCACACCAAAUCGCUGAGAUGUUUAGUAGCUGACUUAAUGAAAAAUAAUAAUAAAAAAUAACCUACACGAAUGAAAUCUAGAUAAACUGUGAGAUAAAUAUCAUUGCCGCAUGUAAUAUGAAAAUUCUUUCUGUCUCCUGUCAGUUUGUGACGUGAUUGACAUUUUGUAGCUAGUUUAAAAAUUAUUAAAAAUUAUAGACCUC